UUUUCGCAGGAAACACUUUGUAGCGACUUGCUGUGCAGCUAUAAUCAUCUAACUACCACAUGUUCCCUCGACGGAUGCGAUGUUUUUGAUUCAAUGCUCUAACUUUCUUUACUUAUUAUGCUCAAGAAUUCCUCGAGCUGGAUAGAUACCUAGGGGCCUGUAGCGAUUAGUGCAACGACUGGAAUUGUCUAAUCGCGCGUGCGGCAAUGAGUUUGAUGUUAAAUCGGGAGCUUUUACUUGCCGACUUGGUGAUCAAAGUGAGACGCAUACCGGCGAAUGUAACAGCCUCUUUCAUUAAAAGGAUAAACAAAUUACACGUUACAAAUAUGAAGGUGAGUUCCUGAAUUGUUACAGAUUGGAGCACUCAUUGACAUGUUGCUAUUUUUGCAUGCACUCUCAAGUAUCUAAUCAAGUUUUCCAUUUUUUAGAAUGCAUAUCAAAUUUGCUUUUACUGAUCUUAAUACCUUCACACUGGGCUCGAAAUUAAAUGUCCGUUAUUAAAAGUAUUAUAAUUUUCAAAUUUUUUUACCUAGCUAUAAGCAGUAAAAGACUAGAGUGUGUAUCAAUUUUCUUCCAAACAGAUUUAUGGAAUAUUGCGCCGUUCUCUGUAAAGGGAGAAAACAAAUAAACAAUUAAACUAAGACUGCUUUUCUCGUUAUGGAAGGUUAACAGCAAACGUAGAACCCUCGCACGUGUCCGCGUUACCCGAUAUUAUCACCAGAAUAAUGAUCAUUUCAGCGGCCCUCUUUUCGCAUUAACAAACAUCCUAUCAUUCUACUAAGGAAGACCAUUUAUCUAUAUCAAAACUAAUACUUUCGACGCCCUUGCACCGCUGUGAAGGCGUUUGGAACUCAAGUUGGUGUGUUUGCAGGAUGGAGCUAAAUUUAGGAUAUCGAUACGCGCGGCGAGUAUUAUCACCUUGUUUUGCGGGAUAUCACACCUCGUUAUCGCGAUACUUAUAAUCAAACGAGCGGCCCGCUCCUUGGGGGCGUGGCCGUGCGCGGUCCUGUUUGCAGCGUUUGACUUUGCGUCUCAGAAGAGGACGUGCAUAGUAGCGAUAGCUAUCGUGUCUCUUUUGUUCGGUUGUGGAGAGGAAGAAAAUUCUAAAGGGAUCUCGCAUACGCCGAAAGGUGGUUUAUUCUCAGGGUGCCAUGAUUUCUUUGCCGUUGCUAUGUGCCGUGAUUCUGGCUUGUGUUAUUCAAGGUGCUGACACUUGCUCGCCAUCGGCAAAGAAGAGUGCGAUGACGACUAUCCGUCCUACAGUCCCAUUAAGAAGUCUCGAGAAUUCUCAAGCCUUAGCUCAACCCACAACAGCGCCAGUAAGACGAAAACGCGCUAAGUGCACUAAGAAGAGGCAUCGAGGCGCCAACUCGCAACCGAGGAGAUCAACUAGGACCAAAAAGCGCAAGAAACACCGAAGGUGUCGGAAAUUUCAGACGCGUAAGAAGAAUAUGAAAAAUGGAGCACACAAGUCGUCAUCACUGCGCGCCAGGUCACGUGACGUUACACGACCGCCGAUAAGAUUGGAAAAUUAUCCACCCUCUGGAGACCUACGCGGAAUUGACAAGAUGACAGAAGAUGGAAAAUCACUCCCAUCGAAUGCAAAGGAAUCAACCCCGAACAUCAUGACGUCACCCAACCUGACGUUACCAAAUAUGACGUUACCCAAUAUGACGUCAAUAAACAUGACGUUAGCAAACAUGACAUUACCCGACAGGACAUCAACAAACAUUACGUCACCAAAAAUGAUGUCAGCAAACAUGGCGUUAACCACCAUGACGUCAUCCUAUAGGACGUCGCCAAACAUGACGUCAACCAACAUUGCUUUACCAAAAAUGUCAGCCAAUAUUACGUAUACCAAAAUGAUGUCAACAAACGUGACAUCGCAAAACAUGACGUCUUCUAACACAACGUCACCUAGUAUGACGUCAGUCAACACGACGGCAACCAGCAUAACCUCAACAAAUAGUACCUUGAUCGCUGAUUCACAAGUCCGUGCCACAGGGUACCCCAAUACAACAGGUUCAAGGUCACCGAAUGGCACAGGGUACCCCUAUACACCAGGGUCCAAAAAUGUCACUUUUACUUCUGCUACAGAUGUCAUUGGAUCUCCACUAUUCACACCUCAGAGGUCAAAAUCAACUAGUCCCAGUGGUGUCACGGCCGAAUCAGCAACAGGUAGACCGCAGACAACAGACGCCCUAGCUGCCACGCAACAGCUAACAGACUCGAAAGCUAUAGACCCUUGUUCGACGUGGGAGCGAUGCUCUGUCAACCAUGACCCGUAUGUGAAGGCGUGGCUAUCCAUGUUACCUGCUUGCCCGUGUCAUUUUGCGCGCAGCCUCUACUAUAACAGUACGCUGUACGACAGCCUUCACGCGCGAUACUUCCAUUGGCGCAUCGUGAAUCAUCGCUACGAGAGGCUCUCUGUGUAUAAGCCCACCGCCGUGCAGUGUAUUCGUCAGCUGUUGACAGACAAGUCCAUAACAGUAGCGACACAGCAAUGCUGCUAUGAUAGAAUGGCCCGUCUGAUCACACGCGGUAGCGGAGCAGGAACUCCGAAUCUCGUGGCCCCGGAGCUCAACUCCCAGCUUCACACGUUACUAGACCUAGCCCCUUACUACGCGUGCCAAGGAGACUGGACCCGAUAUCAGACUGUGCGACCGCCCAAUAACGCCCUAUCCUGCAGGGAGAACCCCCCGCAUAACGAGUUUCACCGACAAAUCCAAAAGGCUCGAGAGUUUUAGUUUACAUGGUUAUUAAAGAUGGUGUUUAUAGAGCCUAUGUAGACCGCACCUUUGUUAUUUUAAGUUAUUAUAAAUAUCGUAACAGCUUCCCAAGGCCAGCCUGAAACAGCCUCUGUCAGUUUGUCAUCCUCACAAAGCACCAAGUGUGAAAAAGCAUCCCUUUCCAUCGGCUGAUUUGGCGAAGACAAUGAGAUAUUCUUAGAUUGAAUUUGGAUAAUAUAAUAUUCAAUUAUGUUUUAGAUGGUUAUUUCGAGAUUUUAUCUAACAUUAUGUGCCUUCUAAUAGUAAAUAAAAACAAUGACAUAG